AUGGCGGUAAUAUUCCAGUUUUUCGGAGUGGGUGUAACAAGUAUAGCAGAAGUAUUUAUGUAUACUUGGCCAGCAGAACAUUUAAUGUAUACGAGUAAAGACGUCGCACAAACAGCGUUUAAUCUACUCGAAAACAAUCAUUUAAUUGAAAUAUGGAAAUGUUUGCAAAUUAUUAUAAUGAGAAGUCAAAAAUCAAUAACAGUGUCAAUACCUUGUUUUCUGCCCGAAUUAUCUCUCAGUUACUUUACAUCGUAUCUUUCAACUAUACUCUCUUAUUUUACAACUCUGCGAGUAAUGAUGGACGAUCAUAAUAAUAAUUAAAUAUAAAC